AUGGCGGCCCGCGCGCCCCCCGCCGCACCUGCGGCCGACGAGCCGGGGGGUCCGGGAGGCCCCCCGCGCAGGAAGAAGUCGCGCUCGGGCGCGUCCGGCCUCCGCCGCGCCUUCAGCUGGCUGAGGGGCAAGCGGCGUAAGAAGAAGGCGGCGGCGGGGGCCGAGGGCAGCGAGCCCGGCGCCCCCCGGGCCAAGAAGGCGGAGGACAAGGCCAGGAAGGCCAAGGGUAAAGGCCGAGGCUCUGCCAAGACUGAGAACGACAAACGUCUAGGUGGGGGACCAGGCCAGGGGCCAGGGGCCGUGGGCGACGACCUCCAGGACAAUGUCUUCUUCCCCCGCGGGCGGCCGCCACAUCUGGAGGAACUGCACACACAGGCCCAGGAGGGGCUCCGCUCCCUGCAGUACCAAGAAAAACAGAAACUCAACAAGGGUGGCUGGGACCACGGAGAUACUCAGAGCAUCCAGUCUUCCCAGACCGGGCCCGAUGAAGACAGCAUCUCCUUCUGCAGCCAGUCCACGUCCUACACGACCGAGAGCUCCACGGCCGAGGACGCACUGUCCAUCCGCUCCGAGAUGAUCCAGCGCAAAGGGUCCACCUUCCGGCCCCAUGACUCCUUCCCCAAGUCCGGCCGCGCGGGGCGCAGGCGGCAGAAGCGGCGCAGCACGGUGCUGGGUCUGAUGCAGCACGAGCAGAAGGAGCUGGGCCUGCGGCGUGAGCGCGAGACCCCUGCCUCCCCCCGGCCUCCGGGCCCUCGGGAUGCUGUUCGGAUCCCCACGGUGGACGGCCGCCUGGCAGACGCAGCGACAGGGCCGGCCGCAGGCGUGCGGGUGUCCCUGCAGGCCCUGGAGGCCCAGUCCGACACCGAGGCGCUGGUGCAGCGCCACAUCGACCACGUCUACCGGGACGACACCCUCGUGGGCUGCUCCUCGGGAGCGCGGCCUCCUCCACUGCUGCGGCCCAUGUCCCUGGCGGUGCCUGGAAUGACGGGAGGGGCCGGCCCCGCCGAGCCCCUGAGCCCGGCCAUGUCCAUCUCCCCUCAGGCCACCUACCUGUCCAAGCUCAUCCCACACGCCGUGCUGCCGCCCACCGUGGACGUCGUGGCCCUGGACCGCCGCAGCGUCCGCACGCUGAGCCGCCACAGCCUGCUCACGGCCAGCCCGGCCUCUGUCCACUCUCUGGGCCGCUUCUCCUCGGCGUCCAGCCCGUGGCCCCGCAGCCGCCACCCCUCCUCCUCCAGCGACACCUGGAGCCACUCUCAGUCCUCCGAGACCAUCGUGUCCGACGGCUCCACACUCUCCUCCCAGGGCGGCUCCGAGGGCCGGCCCGAGGGCUCCGUGGCCAGCACCAGCACGGCGGCCCCCGGCCAGAGCGGCAGUGGCCGUGGCUCCCCCAGCGGGGGCAGCACCGCCGGCGCCUCGGACGUGGGCAGCAUCCGCAGCACCGGGCAGCUGUCCGGGCGCAGCGUGUCCCUGCGCAAGCUCAAGCGCGCCCCGCCCCCGCCGCGCCGGACCUACUCGCUCCACCAGCGGGGCUCGGCGGCCCCCGACGGGCCCCUGGGUCUGCCGCCCAAGCCUGAGCGGAAGCUGCCCCCGCAGCUGCCCCGGCCCCCACCCACUGGGGAGGCGAACGGGAUGGGGCCAGCGCCCUGUCCCUCCAGCGCUGCCGGCAGCUGGGGGCCUGGCUCGUCUCCAAGUGCUUCCCGGCGCCCCCCACGCUCCCCAGAACGGACACUGUCACCCUCCAGUGGCUACUCGAGCCAAAGUGGCACCCCGACGCUCCCCCCGAAGGGCCUAGCGGGAGCUCCCCCUUCGCCAGGCAGGGCACAGCCCCCUAAACCCGAGCGGGUCACUUCCCUUCGCUCACCUGGGGCCUCCGUCUCCUCCUCCCUCACGUCCCUGUGUUCCUCCUCCUCGGACCCGGCCCCCACUGACCGUUCUGGCCUGCAGAUGUCAGUGGCCCUGGGGGACAGGUUUGUCAUUCCCCCUCAUCCUAAGGUGGCUGCCCCCUUCUCCCCACCUCCCUCCAAGUCCAAGAGCCCCAAGCAAGCAGACCCUGCCCCAGCUGUCCCCUUGGUGCCCACUGGGUCCGUGUCUGCCACUGACCCCAGUCCUGAGGCUGUCCCCACUGCCCAGCCCUCCCCGGCCCCUCCAGAGCCCCCGGCUGCUGCCAAAGAGCAGUCCCCACCCCCGUCCCCGCCCCCCUCCUACCAUCCCCCCCCUCCUCCUGCUAAGAAGCCAGAGGUGGUCGUGGCAGCCCCUGAGAUGACUGAGGAGCCCCCCCAGGACCCCAACUGGCCCCCGCCCCCACCCCCUGCCCCAGAGGAGCAGGAUCUGUCCAUGGCUGACUUCCCCCCGCCCGAGGAGGCCUUCUUUGUGGCCAGCUCUCCGGCGGCUCCUGUCUCUCCCCCAAGCCAGCCCCCCAGCCCCCCAGGCCCUCCACCCGCACCCCCACCUGUCAGUUCUCCCAUAGGGCCUGGGCCAGCGAGUGGCAGCAAAGGCAACGGGGUGCCCAGGGAGGACGCCGGAGCACCUUUGGUCACGCCCUCGCUCCUGCAGAUGGUGCGUCUGCGCUCUGUGGGGGCUCCCACGGGGGCUCCCACCCCAGCACCAGGGCCCUCGGCCCCCCAGAAGCCACUACGAAGGGCCCUGUCUGGCCGGGCCAGCCCAGUGACAACCCCCUCCUCGGGGCUCCACGCGGCUGUCCGACUCAAGGCCUCCAGCCUGGCUGCCAGUGAGCGACCUGGAAGCGCCCAGUCCAACGGACCCCCCGAGGCAGAGCCCCAGCGGCCCCAGUCCCCGGCCUCUACGGCCAGCUUCAUCUUCUCGAAGGGCACGAAGAAGCUACAGCUGGAGCGGCCCGUGUCCCCCGAGGCCCAGGCUGACCUCCAGCGGAAUCUGGUGGCUGAGCUGCGCAGUAUCUCAGAGCCUCGGCCUCCCCAGGUCACAAAGAAGUCACCGAAAGCUGCACCCCCCGUGGCCCGCAAACCCUCGGUGGGAGUCCCCACACCCACCAACGGGCUCCCUCCCACCGAAGACAGGACUAAGGAAGAGAACGGAGGCGUCCCGCUGCUGGGGGGCCCAGAGGAGCAGAAGCUGGGCCCUCUUGGUUCAGACCCACAGAAAGAGGUCUGACCACCAGGCCCCCUCUGGCAGUGCUGACUCAUGCCAGGAUUACAAUCUCAGGGACCUGAGCAGCUCCAAGGAUGAGAGGAUGUGGCAGAUGCUGAACCCUAGAGAGGAUGCCUGCAGCCUUAGCCUCCACGGCCUUCGACUUGUGUGCAAGCCUGGUGUGGACCCGCUCCUCCAAGUCAUCCAGCUCUCAUGCCUUUCCCAUGAACGGAGCCACUCACUCGGCAGCUGCCACUUCCAUCUCGGCCUUAGUCUCUUCUCGGAGGGGCUGGUGGAGUGGGUGGCUGCGCCCCCUGCUGACCUUCGGGCCACAGAGUUGGUAGCAGAACAUCUCACUUUUUUCCCCCCCCUCCGUGUUCAAAAAUCAUGCACAUACUAUAGUCCAGAAUCAAAGCACUUUUGAGCAGCGGCUGCAUGUCCACCCUCCAGGGCCUGGAAGCCACAUUCCAAGGGCCUGUUUACAUGGCCGCAGCAUCAAUCCCCGCUGACAGCCUAGAGCUGGGACCAAACUCCCCUCCCUCUUGAUUUGCUCGCUCUCCUGGUUCCCGGAGGUGGGCGAGUCACUGUAUUCCGGCAGGCUUCCCCAGGCUUGAGGCUGUGGAAUUCCAAAGCACAAAAGGCACAGUGUGGGGUUAGCCUUCCUGUGCCUCAACUUACCCCCCAGCCACCCUCCUGCCUUCCAGUCCUGCCAGGUGCUCCAUGCAAGGAGGGUGUAUGGGAACAACCUCGGGUGGGAGAACCAAGCAGGAAGUCAUCUCAGUGGGCACUUGGCAGUGCCGCGCCUCUGCCUCUUACUUUCACUUGGGCUGGGCAUAGCACAUGGAGACCGUUGGGGCUGUAACCAAGCCGUGCUCCUUGCAGCUCUGCAGAAGGCUGGUGAAGGUGAAAGGAGCAGAGGGCCUGGCCCUGUGGGUUUUUCCGACCUUCCUCUGCUCGUCUUGGUACACAUCCUUUCUGCGGCAGCCUCGGCACAGAGCUGAGGGGCAGGUUGGGAAGCCCAAGGUGCAUUUUAUUCACUCCGCCUUUGCCAGUGAGGAGCGCGGGGGGGCUUUGGAUGUCAGCCUUUGCCCUGGCGCUCUCCUCCGGGACCUUUAACACCUCUGUUCAGCCUGUGCCACCUGCCUAGGUAAGCUGGUGUCCCCACGGCCCGUGGCCGCGCAGGGGUGGCCCUAGUGCCUCCUUCCACAGCGUUGUGCCUGCCACCCAUCUUGAUCCUCUCACAGCAGUGACUUGGGCUGGGUCCUGGUUGGGAACCUCCCUUUUAGCUGCAUCUCCUCCCCUGGGAGACUGCCCUGUCCCAGCACAGGAGCUGGGGACCCAGGGCAUGUGGCACAAGGGCCCAGUGACUCCGGCCCUUCCAACCGUUUUCUUUCCAUAGCUAGAAACCAAUGUUCUUCCGUCAGGUAACGGAGAGGUACUGCUGAGGCCUGCAUGGCACAUUCCCGAUGACUUGGCAACAGGGUCAGUAAGCGCUAGUCUGCCCAGAGCACCCCCCCCCCCCAGGCUGGGAGCGGCUUCGAAGGAGGGAUCCCAGCUUGUAUCCUCCCUCCCCUCCCCAAGUCACUUGAGCUCCUGCUUCUCAAUUCAUCUCCGCUUGUUUCCCUACCCGUGGGGACAGUCUAAAGAGGGUCUAGAAGAGGCGACCCUUCUUUGUUCUCUGGGCUAAUGAGGUUAACCUAGUGCAAAUGGAGAGACCAAAAGCCUCAUUUUUAAUUUCCAUGAAAAUGUUAGAAGAGAGAAGUAUAUAUAUAAAUAUAUAUUUCUUUAAAUUUUUGAGUCUUUGAUAUGUCUCUAAAAUCCAUUCCCUCUGCCCUGAAGCCUGAGACACAAGAAAGUUGUUUCAAAGGUGUUAAUUAAUUAAACAAUUCAAACGUG